AUGGUUUCCAAGAUGUUCAUCAUUCUAAUGGCAGUAAUGGGAGUCGCACUUGCCUACCCAUCUGCCCCCUAUGCAUCCCACUAUCAACCAAAGCCCUUAAUGCCCUAUGCCUUCGAGUAUGGCGUGGCCGAUUACAGGGGCAACAACUUCAACCGCAAGGAACACUCUGACGGACAGAAGGUUCAGGGUUCCUACUCAGUCAACCUCCCUGACGGCCGUGUGCAGACUGUAAACUACCAUGCCGACGGACAGCACGGUUUUGUCGCCGACGUGCAGUACACCGGUCAGGCGCACCACCCACCCACACCCGUGCACGGUUCCUCCGGUUCAUAUGGUUCUCACAAGAGGAUAUGUUCUUAG